AGUUAAAGCACUACAACGGCAAAUCAGAAUUCACCGACGACUAUAUUAUCAACAUUGUUAUAUACACGAAAAAGUACCUGACCAGCACCCGUUCAAAAACGAAGCUCUAGACGAAUUUGCCUCUCCAGCGUGCAUAGACUGCUAUCCAUUCGACGGAGAAUACAGCGAAGCAUUCAAACAAUAUUGCGAUAUACUCGACCCUUUUAAUAUACGUACAUCGCAACGUACACUGGAAAAAUUCCAUAAUUAUCAAAGAAGCGAGGAUAAAUACGCGAAAGUAAUCGAACUUUUAGAAACAACCGCAUUUGCCGAACCACCACAGCAUAUUUCCUCUUUAGUUAACGCAUUAACAUUAACCAAAGGGACGCGGAAAACAAUAAAUAUCACCACCGAACCAAAACUAACUGCUGAGCAAGCACAAGAAUUAAAACAGCAAGUUGAACAAUUUUUGGCUAGAAAACUCGCAACCUACGAACAAGCAAAGUGGAAAGGCAAAAACCCAGAACGAAUAACAAUCGACA